CUACGAUGUCACAUACUGACCCAAUGGCUGAAGUGGAUUUGCAUAACUUGACUUUCACCGAGACGGUUAACGCAAACUUGAUAUGUUGCAUUUGUCAUGCUCCUUUCGUAGAGCCCAUGGCAUCUCCUUGUGGUCAUAUCUUUUGCGAAUCUUGUAUAUAUCAAGCACUUGAAAGCGCUUCACAAUGCCCCGUAGAUCGCUCCCCUCUUGCCUUAUCGGACUUGAAAACAGCCGUUAAAAUCAUUCACAACAUGGUGAAUGAGCUCCAAACAUAUUGCCCUCGAGUGUCUUUUGGCUGCAACCAUGUUGGGCAGAGACAUAUGAUAGAGCACCAUCUAAAAAACGACUGCGAAUACACUUUGCUACCGUGUGAGCUAGAAGAAUGCGGAGAGCUAAUAUUGAAAAAGGAUAUGAAUUCACAUGUCGAAACCUGUCGAUAUCGGAUGUCAGAGUGUAUGAUGUGCCGAAAGAAAAUGAGAGCGUUUGAAUUGGAGGAUCAUCAUGAACUAUGCCCAGCAGAAAUUGUAAAGUGUCCACAUUGUGAAAUAACCAAUGUGAGAAGCGAUCAUAUGAAGCAUUUGGGGGAGUGCCCAGAACAUCCGAUACCUUGCACACUGUCCCCCUUUGGAUGCAAGUGGAUAGGAGCCAGAAAAAAUCUCGCUACGAUCCACCAAAAGGAAUGCGCAUAUGAAGGAAUUAAAGACUUCUUAUAUCAACAGAAACAACGGGAGGAUGCUCUUCAUGAAGAGUUAAACUACGCUAGAAGAGGCUACGAAUCCCUUAACUCACAGCUUGAGGGUAUAAAUACUCAAGUCUCACAUAUGCAGGAUUCGUUAUCGGCUAUGUUUCCUUCCUACUUUCAAUCUUACAGAUCUCAGGAUAUGUACAAUGACGACGAACCUAUUACUGAUCUGAACGACGUACCACUAUCACCUCAAGAAAUCAUAAUGUCGGACAACGAAAGACUCAAAAACGACAUUGAGACAAUCACGGCAAAUAUAGCUUCCCUAGAAUUAAAGCAAAACGUUGCUUUGAUGACUGAAACGUUACGGAUGCAAGAAGAAAUGCAGAGCUUGAGGGCAUUGUGUCAUGGUCUUCGUAUGCAGAUGCACUACGUAUUAAUGGAAAGACGUGGCAAUGUCGGUGGACCAAGUACAUCGACAGCUGGUGCAAACGCGACGCCAGGCGCGUCGACUUCUACCAACGCUCCUACCAAUCCUAUCAACGGCAUUACUCGCAUGCGCAACUGGAUAGGUUGGUCUUUUAUUUUACGUCGCAUAAUGAUAACUUUCAGACUACUAAUGUAAAAAACAACUUCACAGAUGGCACUGGUCCUAGACAGGAAACAAAGUUGUAACUGAUAUAUAUACCCCCACCUCAUUGCAAUAACCAUGAAGCACUUUACAUACCAACCAAUAGAUUUCUAUUUAAUAAAAUCACUCUUUAACGAUUACUGCACGCAAAUCAGGUGUAGCCCCUCUCUGAGCACUCCCCCUUCAGGAACUCGUCCUUAAAAUGC